AUGCGUAGUGGAGAGAUGUGGCUGGGAGAAAGAGGGGACAAGAAAACAAGCAUGAUUUACCAAGAUAAAGAAAAUGUUUUCCUAACUUUAGUACCACUGCUAUCAGUCAUUAACAUAUUGACCUCUCAUAGUGUGUUAAUUCCUGGUGAGUUGGGGACCUUUAUCCUCAAUCUCACAAGGCGCAAAGCCGUGAAGUGGAGGUGCUUAUUUAGGAUUUUCCCUCUAUUGUCCUUUUUGACCAACACAAAUGCUGGAAUUUCUUUGUCUAUUCGAGUGGGUGAUCUUAAUCGUUCGAUAGAAUUUUAUGAGAAGGCUUUUGGUAUGGAGCUUCUUCGUACACGUGAUAAUCCAGAGAACAAGUAUACCAUAGCAAUGCUCGGUUAUGGUCCAGAAGAUAAAACUACUGUUCUGGAGUUGACUUACAAUUAUGGAGUCACCGAAUAUGAUAAAGGAAAUGCUUACGCUCAGAUUGCAAUAGGUACAGAUGAUGUGUACAAAACUGCCGAAGCGAUUAAACUAUCCAAGGGAAAGGUUACUCGAGAACCUGGACCACUGCCUGGUAUCAACACAAAAAUUACUGCAUGCUUGGAUCCUGAUGGAUGGAAAACGGUUUUUGUAGAUAAUAUUGAUUUUCUUAAGGAGUUGGAGUAGAAGAGUAUUUAGGCAGGUCAUCAUCAUAGCAAUCUUGUAAUAUCCGUACCCCUCUGCCAAAGAAUUGGUGUCUAUGUGAAGGAAAAAGUUAUUUUAUAAUAGCCAAAUCCGAUAUUGUAGAAAUGUAAUAAUGACUUUAGCAAUGACCCUUGUAACAAAUGCUAGAACAACAUAGUGGUUGAAUUACUAUACAGUUCUUUAUUCAAUAUAUUGUUUGAUGGUUCAUUUAAAACGCAA